AUGAAGCCCACCAGUCAGAUCACGAUGUCUUCAAUCGAGUCCGAGAAAGACGUUCUGCAGUCUCUGCUUCCGCAGUAUGGACUUCGCAUGGCUGCAGAUGGCGUGCACAUUCGAUGGGCAGUCAGCAACAGUCGGCAUCCACGCAACUGGCGGCUGAGGAGGAAGCUGUGGGACACCGCGCUGGUUCUGUUCCUGGAGUUUUUCACAACGGCAGUGAGCACGGCCGGCUCUAUCGCUGCCAACAGUGCUGUACGAGAGUUCCAAAUCCCGCAGGAGCUGUCUAUUUUCCUCUUCGUGUCCGUGUAUCUGGUGGGGCAGGCGUGUGGAGGAAUCAUCUUCCCGCCGUAUUCGGAGGCCUUUGGGCGGAAGAAGCUGUAUGUAGUCAGCGCGGCGCUGUACAGUCUGUCGUGUGUUGUGGUGGCUUCGGUGCCAUCGGUGGCCGGGGUGAUUCUUGGACGGUUGAUGAGUGGGGUGUUGUCGGCGAUCCCCACAACGGUGGUGGGUGGCAGCAUCGAGGACCUGUUCAAUUCGCGGGAGCGAGUGUGGAUGAUCUGCAUCUGGGUGCAAGCUGCCAAUCUGGGGAUGGUGGUUGGACCGAUACUCAGUACUUUUGUGGUGGCUGAUCUGGACUGGCGAUGGCUGUUUUACGUGGCCGCAAUGGUGACCGGGGUAUUAGCCCUGCUGCUGCUGACGAUCCGCGAGUCGCGCCCUUCCCUGCUGCUUGCGCGGGAGGUGGCGCUCUUCCGGCAGGUCACGCAGAUCCCCGACACUCCGGAGGCGCUGAACCCUGACCAGGCCCCGGACCUGCACGCCUUUGUGCGAUUGGCCCUGUUCCGGCCAAUCCGGCUGCUGUGCACGGAGCCCAUCGUAUUUAUCGUGGCCGUGAUGAGCGCUGUGGCCAUUGCCCUCGUGUAUCUCUUCACGCAGGCCCUCCCGCCCAUCUACGAGUCGUUCGGGUUCAGUCCGCGCCACGCCUGUCUCCCGUUCAUCGCGAUUGGACUAGGCCUCUUCCUGGGGUGUCUGACGCGGUGGCUGGACCUGCGGAUCAUCGCGCAGCAUCGCAGUCAAGGAGGCGCGCUGCAGCCCGAGGACAAGCUGCUCGGGUUCUGGAUCGGCACGCCCGUGCUGGCGGCGGCGCUGUGGGUAUUUGCGUGGACGAUCCCGCCGGCGAUGGCGCAGAUCCCCUGGAUCGUGUCGGUGGUAGCGCUGGUGUUGACGGGGUUCAGUCUGAAUGAGAUUGACUACGUGCUGGGCGGGUAUCUGACGGACAGCUAUCUGAGCUACGCAGCCAGCGGGUUGGCGGCGCUGAGUCUCGUGCGGGCGAUGCUCUCGGCGGUGCUGCCGCUCGUAUCGGCGCCGAUGCUGCAGCGGCUCGGCGCCAACGGGGCAGUCUCGGUGCUGGCGGCCAUCGCGACGGUGUUUUGUCUCGUGCCGCCGCUAUUUGCCCGCUAUGGGCGGGCGCUGCGGGCGCGCAGUGCGUUUGCGAGUUACAGUAUGAUCAUGUAUCGGGAGUGGGGCGUGGAUGAGGAGGGGUAUUGA